AGAACUUUUUGCGUGUUGUUCCCUUUCAACGCUUUCAACCAUCAUCCAUUAGGUUAUUGUCGGCCUGCUGCUCCCCCUCCCCCACGGGUGCUUCCACCAUCCCCUUCCCUCACCCUCUCCACUCUCCGUCCUAGCUAUGACCGGCAUGCAGCAUGAAGUCCUUUUCGAGUUCGGUCAUUAACAAAUCGGGCAAGAAGUUUGCCCCUAAGGCGCCCGCCCGCCGCCCUCCAGCUCCCGCUCCCCCAAGGAGGCCCAGUGUCGCCUCACAGCCAUCUGCUUCUCAAACUCCCCAGCCCCCGACCGAGACUGCAACCCCCGAACCCGGCUCUGCUGCUUCCGCGCCUCAGCCUUCCGUUCCCAUUGAGUCCUCGGUCCCGGAUGAGCCAGCAGUGUCACCCAAGGAGAAUGUUGCUGUACCUCCCUCUGCGACAGCCAUUCCGAUUCCUCGUCCUAAGCGGAAGGCUUCAGUCUCUGCAGUCUCUCCUGGGACCAUAGAACAGAUCUCGACCCCGCCUCAACCUACCCCGCCCACACCCGAAACGCAAGUCGAGCAGACACAAGCUGCCGUAACAGAUGCCGGGGCAUCUGCGCCUCAGAUUGAGGCGCCUCGCUCUGCUAAUGAUGCAACAGUGAUUCGUCCAUCCAAGCGUCUCAAGGUCGCCAGAGAAUCCAUCAUCGCCCCCAAUGACACCGCUUCCACCCUCCCCGCUGCCCCUGCUACUACAACUACACGCACCACGGAAUCCGUGCCGAUAGAUGUCAAUCUUCAACUCGUUACUCCUCCGGCCACACAGGCAGCACUCACUGAUAGCGAAGGGACUACAGAAGGUCAGACCAGAGCCGAAUCGCAAGUCACAACUACGGAGCAAGGUCGAAAGCCGACAAAGACGAGAAGAAGGUCGGUAAAGGAUGUCAAUGGCGAAACUACGGCAAAGAAGAAGGAGAGAAAGCCUCGGACACGCAAGAAGCGCGAGCCCACCCCUGAAGGUGCCGAAAAUGUGGAGAUCGCCCCCGCACUUGUGAAGAUGUCGGAGCUGUGCAAGGAUAUGCGAACUGGAAGAAUGUCCAAGCGGGAAACCGAGCUGCGCAACUUGGAACAGGCCGAGCUGGAGCGCAAGCAGAAAGCACAACAAGAAGGCGAUGCAGAAGCCCCGGUCAAGGAGAAUGGGAACGACGCGUCGCCGGCAGAGACUUCGAAUGACAUUUCGGACAACAAGGCCCAGGCUGGACCGGUGAUGAGGAUCGUAAACGGAGAGAUUGUGCUCGAUGCCGCUUCAUUGCAGGUUGAUCGCCAUGCCGACGCGGCGAGGAAUGCUGGAGAACUGGAGGAUGUGGUUGAAAACUCAUUUAGUCGAAAGAUCAAUCAGGCUACAUACGGGAAACGCUCCAAGACGGAGUCCUGGGAUGAGGAGAUGACAGAACUUUUCUACCGGGGCUUACGCAUGUUUGGCACGGAUUUCAUGAUGAUCAGCAAAUUGUUUCCGGGACGUUCCAGACGACAGAUCAAGCUGAAGUUCAACAAUGAAGAACGCCGCGACCCCGUGCGUAUUAAAGACACACUUCUAGGCCCGGGCGAGACGAUUGACAUCACCACGUACUCGGAGAUGACCAACACUGUCUAUGAUGAUCCUAGGCUUAUCCAGCAAGAACUGGACGAGGAGAAGAAGCGGAUUGAGGCUCAACACGCCAAGGAAAAGGAGGCACAGGAAGAAAUGCUUCGCAACCCGGAUGGUGCGGGCGGUGCCAACGCCAAUCAAGGCGACGAUGUACCCGCCAGAGUGAAGAGGAAUAACAGAAAGCAAGCCAUGAAAGCCAUGGCUGGGGGAACUGAAGAGGUUUUGGGCACAAUUGACGAUAUUCCUUAAGUAUACAGGAUUGAGAUAUCCAUUUUACGGCCGAUUUCAAUGCCAUGUAAGGGUACAGGCGUUUUGGCGUUGCAGUCCAGACCAGUGAAACUGGCUGGUGCAGGAGUUCAGUUGGAUCUCUGUUCGUCUUUCUUUUACCCUAGUGACGAUGAUGAUAAUGUCUGUUAUCCCCUCUGCGUGCUCUGCUUAUGCAGUAGACAUGUCUAGUGGGGAUCGUGAGACGCUUGGCGUUACAGGUACCUUAACCAGCAAAAAGAAUAUCUAAAGGGCUUAAAUAACAAGUCAAUUUGUGAAGGAC